UUCUCCAUAUGCAUCUUCCUCCCGAACACCGGCAACGGCCUACCAAGCCUUCUGGACGCGAUGGCUUCACGCCCGGGCUUCCUGCACCAACACCUGCCUCGCAAGGAGGUCCUAGUCGGCAACUUACAAGUGCCCAGGUUCAAGUUGUCCUUCCACAGCAGCGUCGUUAGCGUCCUCCGCAAGCUGGGGCUCCUGCUGCCGUUCCACGAAACCAACGAAGACCUGUGCGACAUGACUGAGGACGACGGCUCCAGUCUUCCCCUGGUCCUCUGCGAUGUCGUCCACAAGACAGUCAUCGAGGUGAAUGAGGAAGGCACCGAAGCUGCCGCUGUCACCAUUGCUAGUGCACCGGGCGGGGGCGGAGGGCGGCCACGGCCACCACCGCUUGUUGAUUUCGUUGCUGACCAUCCGUUCGCAUACUUCGUUGUGGAGGAGGAGACCGGCACCGUCGUCUUUGCCGGGCAUGUCCUCGACCCCUCCAGAAAUAUAUUCUACAGUACGUACUUAAUCAACGCGCUUUGUUCGCCGAAGACGAACAGGGCAUCCCGAGCAAGGUCGCCGAAGUUCGGUCCGGGGCCUGCCAUGCAGUCUGCCGGCGGAUCUUCCAGCCAGGGACUGGCCGCGCUCUCCGCCGGCCUCGCGCGACGCCUCGCGGAUGAGCACGCAAACAGCAACCUGGCGGAGGCGUCCACCGUCGACUUUCGCGGCGACCCCAAUGGAGCAGUCGGGUUGAUCAACGCGUGGACGGAGCGCGUCACGAACGGCCUGAUCGACUCCGUGCUAGGCCCGGGUUCGGUGACGCCGCUCACCCGCGUCAUACUCGGCAACGCCGUGUACUUCAAGGGCAAGUGGCUCCAGCCCUUCGACAAGAAGAAGACACAGAACGCUUUGUUCCGCCGUCUGGACGGCGCCGGCGCCGUCGACGUGCCCUUCAUGCGCAGCCGGGAGUCUCAGUACAUCGCCGUACACGACCGAUUCAAGGUGCUCAAGCUCCGGUACAAGAUGGCGGACUACACCAUCCAGCCGAGCCCUUUACUCCACCGCGCCGCCGCACCUUUCAGACGAGCAUCCAGCUACUCCUACAACUACAAUCCUCCCAACUAUGACGACUUGUACAGCCUCGCCGGUCCUCCUCCAUCGGCGCAGCCCUCCAAUGACAACACUAGCAGCUUCCGCACACAGUUCUCCAUGUGCAUCUUCCUCCCGGACGCCGACGACGGCCUACCGAGCCUUCUCGACGCAAUAGCAUCUCGCCCAGGUUUCCUGCACGACCACCUGCCUCGCGAGGAGGUCGAAGUCGGCAAAUUCCAGGUGCCUAGGUUCAAGCUAUCCUUCCACGCCAGCGUCGCUGCCAUCCUCCGCAAGCUCGGCCUCCGCCUGCCGUUCCACGAAACGGCCGACCUCUCUGGCAUGACGGAGGACCACGGCUCCGGCCUCCCCACAUUCCUCAGCGACGUCCUCCACAAGGCACUCAUCGAGGUUAACGAGGAAGGCACCGAGGCAGCAGCCGUCGCCGAAGUUUUCUAUAACGUUGGGUGCGCAGCCAUGUCUUGGCCGCCGCCCCCUCCGGUUGAUUUCGUCGCUGACCAUCCGUUCGCCUACUUCAUUGUGGAGGAGGAGACGGGCGCCGUCGUCUUUGCCGGCCACGUCCUCGACCCCUCCAGAGAGUAG